AACUUAAGCUUAAUCUGAGUAAGCUUACAUGUUGAUGUUAUUGAUGUUUUUUGGUCAAUUUGUCAGGCCAUAUAGCAUUUUGCUAGAUUCAUGUACCAUAAGCUUAGUUUUUUAACUUCGAAUAACUGCAGGAAGUUCAGUAGCGGUUAUAUAAACUAACUAUUUUCACCUUCAAUCUUCAAAUAAGACUCGAACCUUCCUAGAAUGAGUCUGGCAAUUCUCCUCCGCUUCUGUUUCGUUCAGCUGGAGAUUGCCGAACAUUUCCAUAUUUAGUAGUUUCCGAUUGUCUGGUUUUUAACCGACCAAUGAAAAUGCGUCGCUGUGAAAACGGAAAACGUCACUAGGUCUGUCUUUGGCCGGGAGGUUGUCUCUUUGAUACCAGCUACGGUGGAAAAUACUGAACUAGAAUCCAAGUAUUUUAGGCAGAUUUGUGUGCUGGGUAUCAAUAUUUUUUACUGCAACGAGAGCUUCAGAGUAUCUUCUAUAAGUGGUUGCCCGUUAAGACAUGGGCAACGCUCCAACGAAGAGAGGAGACCCAGAAAAUGUAAGAGCGUUCCUGAACGAGGCAAAAGAAGAGUUUAAUUCAAAAUGGGAGCAUCCAUCACAGAAUACGGCUGGUUUGGAGGACUUCGAGCGUCUGAAGACCUUGGGAACUGGAUCAUUUGGUCGUGUUAUGCUUGUACAACACAAGAGUAGCUCACGAUAUUUUGCAAUGAAAAUAUUAGACAAGCAAAAGGUAAUCUUGGUUUUGUUCUGUUGAAUAUAUAUUGAGUCGGGUUGCCGAAGAAUAUAUUGUUUUUCAAGACGAUGACUGGCGGAGGUUUUUAUUUUUUAGCUUCGUGAGAAUUUUUGUGUUGGAAAUCGUCUCCUCACAGUUUGCUUCCUUGACCGUGGUUAGUCGUAACUAGUUUACCUGUUGCUUUAUUUUUGUAGUCGAUAAUUUCUGUGUUGCUCACGAAUUUCAAAAUAAUGUGAAAUGCACAUUGUAAGUUGUAAAUAACAACCUGUUCGUCGACUUAUUCGCAAAUGUUAAUUUGAAGAUCCGCGCGUCACGUACUAAGACAGCGAAGGCAAAUGCA